UUUCAUUUCUUGCAACCAGUCAUUAUUGGUUUUCCUGUUUCUUUGCUCCUUCUAAUGAUGAUGUUGAAGAUUUGCAUGUGAUAUCCUUUGGAGGGCAAGUUUUCGGCUCCUUGAUGCGCUAUGGAUGACGAUACCUUUGCUGCUGAAUCGUCAUCUUCAGGAACGAAUGCGGGUACCUCAUCUUGCUCCAAUCCUCCUAAACGCGUACCCGUCUGGAAGCGACAUGUCUUUCCGGCUACACCAGUUGGGAGCUCUGAUCCAUUUGAACUGCCGUCUAACCUUACCCCAGCGUUGAAGCGGGUCAAAUCGCGAGCGAAACUGCCUGCGAGAGGAUCUGGAAACACUGCAAGUCUUUCCAAGUUACCUACGUUCAAUAAGCCUCACUGCUCUUCGUCUAUAGGUGCUCCAUCACUAAGAUGUAGUCCUCGAAAAAAUUCCACUCUUGCAAAGACGAAUUCGGAUUGUGACGCUAAUUUGGGUGAGAAGAGCUCCUCGGAAGUCCGUACGAAUGUUGUUCUUAAUAGCGACGACUGUAAGGCCGAUCUCCCAACUCCAUCUAGAGCUAGGAGCAAUCUUUUCCCAACCACACUGCCACCAAAGAAACCUCGUUUAUCCUUCAUGCAUAUAAGCACCUCAGAGCUCAGACCGAACCGUAAGCCAGUCAUUGUGGAGCCUAACUACGAGCAAAUGCCUCCUUCAACAGAAACUUUAUCUCGCAUGCCGAAAGCAUACAGACAUAGCAGUAUCAACCUAAGGUUAAGUGACAAAGACAGUGCCUUGGAGGGAUCGUCUCAGAAGGAUGUAGUUGAGUCAUGCGUUCCUUCCAAGCCACAGUUAUCACAUAGUCGAAGUACAAUGUGCUUGAGGCUCACGCCGGAAAGGGAUAUGCGGGAACGGAGGAAAUCUGAAGCUGAGAACAACGUGGCGACCACUCCCUCUGCUACCCCAAAGAAAAGACUGCAGCCAAGUGCAACGAUGACAGAUUUGCAAUCGUCAUCAGUGACACCUACUAGGCGAGGAAGACGUAUCUCGUUAUCGGAAGCUAAUGAGAAGAAGUUUCCUCCUAAGCCACUCCGUAAGCGAAGUUCUAGCCUUGAUAUACGAAGCCAAACUAGUCUGACUGCCGCUUCUCGAAGAAGGAGCGAGAACAGAGUGAAGCCAGUCAGUGAGAGAGACGCCUCUUCAGCCAUGCCGAACACAGCCGCUUUGGAUGCAGGGACUGCAGUUUAUGACAUAAAAGAAGCACACAACGGUGAUGUCGAGGGGACUUCUGAAUCGAACAAAUUGGUCACUGCUAGAAACAUGCAAGUCAACGAUGGCCCAGAAAAGGCAAACACUGACCUAGUAGUCGCUGAAUCCGCGUCCAUAGAAGUGUCCGAGGAAGAAAAGGAGAGCGUCGCGGUUGAUGGUACAAGCCGUUUUGAUAUGGCAGGUGCUCUUCCACCUCCGAGCCCAUGUUUGGAGGACGCACAAGAAAGUAGUAAACCAUUGAGAAAUAGUAUCGAACUGCGACCGGCUUCGAUAUCUGAGGACGAAGAAGAAAUAGCGAAGCUCAUGGAAGAACUUGUAACCGCUGCAGAACAAUCGUGUUUUAUGGAGUUCUCUGAGCCUGCAUUCAAACUUUUGCCGCUUAACAUCAAUGCUAGGGCUGAUACUAGAUCUGAAAACUUUACGCCAAGGGUUGGAAAUGAAAAAGGUUCGAUGGCAAUGGUUGAUGCAUGCUGUUGUUCGACGGAAGCGACGUCGUCAACUAGUGCUUGUCCUGCUGAGAUUUCUGCGAAUGGUCUGCGCUGUGACAAUGUGGAAGUAGAGCAGUCGAGUAUGUCGCAACCAGCUUAUAAUGUGCAGUCAAAAGCUCCAAAUGCCCACACUUCCCCGGAUAAGCGAGUGCGAUUUAAGACUGUCAGCGUUUAUUAUUUUGCUCGGACGCAAGGAAUGUCGACAGUUCCGAAGACUGGAGAAGUGUCACUAGGAAUGGUUGACAAACACUUCACAAAACGCCAAUUUCCACUUUGGUUAGGUAGACGCCCAGAAUUGACCUUACCGAAGGAUUAUGAGGAGGAGUUGUCGGAAGGUGAAGAUCCUGGAGACGUGUUUGAUCCUGAAGGACUUGAGCGCUGUACCGCUCAUCAGUUACCUAUGUUUGAGGGCAAAACUCGCAUAAAAAUGCUGAAGAGGUCUGGUGUUCAGGUGCAGAAGGAUGCUGUUGAAACUUUGGAAUCCAUCCGACAAUCACGCAUCAUGUGUGGAUGUCAAUGUGAUGGGAUCUGCAUACCGGACACCUGUCAAUGCGCCUUAGAUGGAAUUGGCUGUCAGGUAGAUGGUCCAGAUGAGUUUGGAAGAUCACAUCCGUGCUCUUGCACAUCGAUAGGAUGUUCAAAUCCUUAUGGAAGAAUUGAGUUCGACCCAGAGCAUGUCAAAAAUCACUACCGAAUAACAAUGAUGCGGAUGCACCACGCUGAACAGACGGGUAUUUAUGAUUCACCUCAGCGAAUACGUUUCAACUCUGAAGGAGAGCCUGAAUCGGUUUCUCACUUCACACCCCCGCCUAUUAGACCUAAUUCAAUCAACGGAGCGUUGACUCCUGGCCAUGAACGUGGUACGGGUGACAGUGAUGAUCCUCCAACGAGAAAGUUUCCAGUGACACCCGUGUACAUGAAAUCUAAUCAAAAACGUGCACUGAGAAUGGAAUUUGCUGCAGAUCCUGACACUGCCGCCUUGCUUAAAGUGAAAACAAGACUUCUAUGGCAAGAAACUGCUUCUACUCAGGAAUAAGAAUGUUAGCUGUGUAAACUGAAUUGCUGAUACUUGUUUUUGCGCAAAUUAUCCUAUUAUCUCUGAGCAUAAUGGAAAACCAUCUAUCUCAUAUUUAUCCAUUUUCGUGCAACAAUCGUGGCCAUAUUUAUUGACAUUCGCUUGCAUCGCUUUGAUUUUGAUUUUGAUUGAAAAUUCUCGUCUGUAAUAAUGCUGCGCUACAUAGCCUCUCACUUGCAUGUGCUACUCUUCUUCUGAUUUGCUUUUUUCAUGUGUCUUCUAAUAAAACUGAAGGGAA